CGCGGCGGCGGGCAACUGCGAAUCCGUCCUCCCCAACGUCAAAUUUGGCGUCUGGUCUCCUAGCAACAACGCACCGCCGGCAACCCACAACCUCAUACCCUUCAGACACCAGUGCCUCCACUUUUCUUUACUUUUGUCUUCACCCCCACCCCAACAAUUUGUUCUGUUCAAGCCCUUUCUCGUGUCCUCCAAGUCUCUGAACUUCUCGCUCAUACCUUCCAGGGUGACCCAGAGCUCUUUCUUCCUUCCCGUCGCGCCCAAGUCAGCGAUUUUAGAUCAUGUCCACAGACAAGCCUGCCCAGGGUCCAGAGGAAGGAGACGUAUGCAUUACUGAAGCCCUGAUCACUAAGCGGAAUUUGACUUUCCCUGAGGAUGAAGAACUGUCAGCGAAUAUGUUUCACACUCUUGCUGAACUUCAGACUGUCCGCUUGGAUAGGGAGGGGAUUACCACUAUCAAGAACCUAGAGAGCCUCCAGAAUCUUCAUAGUCUCUACCUGCAAGCGAAUAAGAUUGAGCGAAUUGAGAACCUGGACUGUAUCCCCUCCUUACGCUUCCUGUCUCUGGCAGGAAACCGAAUUAGGCAGGUGGAAAACCUCCGAGACCUCCCACACCUCCAGUUUCUGGACCUUUCUGAGAACCUGAUAGAAAAACUGAAACUAGAUGAGUUCCCCCAGAGCAUUCUCAUCCUCAACCUGACCGGAAACAGCUGUACCAACCAGAAUGGCUACAGGGAGCAGCUGAUGGAAGCCCUCCCCCUGCUCCUGGACCUGGACAGGCAGCCUGUGUCGGAACGCUGGGCCUCAGAUGAGGAGGAUAAAUCCUCCAGUGAGGAGGAUGAGUUCCCAGAGCUUGGUGGCCCAUUCUGUUCAGAGAAAGGCUUCUUCAAAGAAAUGGAGCAGGAGAUGAUGAGGCGCAAGGAGCGUAGGCAGCAGGGAGCCCUGACAGAGCACCUUCUGCGGAUGGAGACAAAGCCCACGCUCACCAGCCUCCCUGAACUAGCCGAGGAUGCCACAGCUGGGGACUGCAGCCACUCUGACACUCCCAGUGAGGGCACGGAAACAACUCUGGAGCCACCAUCCUUGCCACAAGCCACCUCUGCCACUAAGAAACCCAGCGCUCUGGUUUCCAAGGCUCAUCCCAGCACCAUGCAGGCGAAGAAGGUGACCAGAGCGGCCACAGUCUCCAAGGCCUCUCUCUCUGGAGGCUCCAGCACAACCAAGAUGCGAGUUAAGAACUGAAGCACAGCCAUCCGUCUCUGCAAAGCCACAAGGGAGUGGGAAAGAACAAGGAGGGGCCUCCCUUCCUCUGCCGGGCCUUCACCUAUGACAGGAGCCAAUCCCCAGACACUGUGUCUCCCAUGUUACUUGGGCAUCUUGGGAAGUGAUCAAUAAAAAUGGAGAACCUUAA